AUGUCCUGUCACAUGCUGAAAUUAGCAGCCAAGUUUGGUUGUAUUACAUACAUGCUGUACAUAGCCAUGUAUUAUUACAAGACACUGAGAUACACAGAAGCUUUAUCUAUUAUAGAGAUAAUCAAGGUCAAGUUAGCACAGCCAUAUGUGAUAUAUAGGUCAAAUGUAGAUACAGAGAUGUAUACUGAGGCUUCUGCUCUACAGAACCAUUUUCUUUUAUUGAUUGUACCACCCUUUAUCCUGUUACACAUGCUAGAGAUCGUGUGUUACAGACAUGUAGACACAGUGCGAGUACAAACAGCUCUAGAUGAUCUACAGAACCUAGUUCACUAUGAUCAGGGACAGUAUAUACCUUUACGUCACAGACACAGCUCGUAUAUACGGCUUAUACCUUUACAAUACAGAGACAUAUCGUGGCAGAUUCUGGGAUCUGUCAACAGUUUUACAAAAGUGACACAUUCAUUAUACAAGAAUAUAAAUUCCAUUUUAAUCAUUCUAAGUAUUGAAGGCAUACAACACAUAUCAGAGUCGGUGUUUGUGGGACUGUGUCGUAAAGUUGGGACCUCAAAAGUGGUGGCCAUGAGAAGAGAUAUAGUGGUUAUCGGUGAGAUGGUUAGAAAUCAAGUGGCAACAAGUGGUUUGUCCAGUGCGAUGGCGAGUGGAAGUUAUGGAGAAGGACUCAGACUGAAAGGAUCAGAUAUAGACUUUAUGUUCUGGCCAAAUAAUCACCGUGUGAUCUGGGAAUUAUCUCAGUCUCAGUAUUACAACACAUACAGACAAACAUUGAUCCUCUGUGACUGUUCUGAUAGUCCACCAGGAUUUACUUUGUUAUAUUUACUGUCACCAUGUACAAGCAGAUUUAUCCAGAGAGCGUGUGUUAGAAUGAGUAACACAUAUUAUAUAUCUAGUUCUAAAUUCAGAGAGAUCCCUUUAUCUGAGUCACUACCUUUUAAUCCCAUUCCACAUGGACCCUGUGUCAGUGGAAGAUAUGGAACACUAGAAUAUGAUUAUGCCCACUGUUUUGUUAGUGACUUUUGGCCUCCCUCUGCCUCCCCAUGGAUAUACAGAUGUCACUCAUGGCCCAAACCUCAUGUUGUUGAUGAUAUAGUGAAAAAUGGAUGUCACUUUGUAGCAAUAGGACAUAAGCUAGGAAAUCACGAAGAUCAUGAAUGGAGAAUUUCAUUCUCCCAAGCAGAACAAAAACUUGUGUAUGUAAUGAAUCACUGUCAAUUCUUAACUUACGGCUUACUUAAAUUGAUAUUAACAGAAAUAAUUAAUAAUGGAGUAGGUGAUAAUGAUAAAUUACUAUGUUCCUAUCACAUGAAGACGGCAGUUUUCUGGGUGAUUCAACAAAAUACAAUACCUCACUGGUGUCCACAAAAUCUCCUGGGGUGUUUCUGGGUCUGUUUUAAACUCAUCCUCAAAUGGGUGCAUGAGGGGGUCUGUCCUAACUUUUUCAUUCCAGGCAACAACAUGUUUCUGAGUAAAAUUCAUGGCAUCAAACAACAACAAUUAUAUAUAAGACUGUCAGGGUUGUAUGAAAAGGGUUUAGCAUUCCUGCUACAUAGUCCCUCCAUUAGAGCUUUUAUUAUAGAUGUUCUCUAUAACCCCAGAAACUUCAUCUGUACAGAUGAUCAUACUCUGAUUUGUGAGGAUGAGUUUGAUAGAAAUGUGUUUGGUGAAAUAAUACAAAAUUCCGUAACACCAGACCAAUGGGACAUACAAAUUUGCAUUAGACAUCUGCAUACAAUAGAACGGAUGGUAGGUUCAACCCUCCUGACACAGUAUCAAGUCCUCAAGCUACAGCACAUGACCGCUAGGGUCCUUCAGUACACUGCUUUUAAGUUAUACAUGGAAACUUACACACCUGACAACAGACUUAGGUACAGAGCUGACAAAAUGUCCUGUCACAUGCUGAAAUUAGCAGCCAAGUUUGGUUGUAUUACAGACAUGCUGUACAUAGCCAUCUAUUAUUUCAAAACACUUAGAUACUCGGAAGCUUUAUCUGUUAUAGAGCUAAUCAAGGUCAAGUUAGCACAACCAUUUGUGAUAUAUAUGGAUAUGGAAAAUGUAGAUAUAGAGAUGUAUAUUGAGGCUGUAGGGGGACAGUCCUGGUCUACAAAGAUGAGACAGGCUGUAGCAUGGGAUAUCAGACUUAACAAUAGAAUCCAUAACAUCACUGAACUGAUUCCUGAACAACAGUCUGCUCUACAGAGACACAUGCGUGUAUUAUUCAUCCCACCCUUGGUACUGUUAUACAUGCUAGAGAUUUUGUGCUACAGACAUGUAGACACAAUACGAGCACAAACAGCUCUAGAUGAUCUACAGACCUUAGUUCACUAUGAUCAGGGACAGUGUAUAAAUUUAUUGUCUAGAGACAUAUCGUGGCAGAUUCUGGGGAUCUGUCAAGAGUUCACAGGGGACUUUCAGGCUGUUCUAUACUCAUACCAACAAUCUCUCAGACAAGAACCCUACAACCACAUACAAACAGCUACAGAAAUGAGAAUACAGAGACAACAGGAGUCCACAAUACAUACAGGAAACGAAACUGACAACUUGAGUUAUAUUGGUAGUAAAGCCAUACAAUGCAUAUCAGAGUCUGUGUUUGUUGGACUGUGUUAUGAAGCGGGGACCUUACAACAGGUGGCAAUGAGGAGAGAUGUGAUGGACAUCAGGGAGAUGCUAAAAAAUCAAGUAAUAUUAUUUAGUGAUGAUGACAGUAUCAUGAUGUGUGGAAGUUACAGAGUUUCAGAAAUAGACUAUAUGAUCUGGCCAAACAAUCGCCGUGUGAUCUGGGACUUAUCUCAGUCUCAGUAUUACAACACAUACAGACAAACACCGAUCCUCUGUGACUGUUCUGAUAGUCCGCCAGGAUUUACUAUGUUUUAUUAA